UGUAUCUGACUGUCACACUCAGAGACACAAGGAGAGACAGAGUCAUGCUUCUGUGGAGAGACGCAGCAGCAGCAGCAGUCAGCUGCCAGGCUGCCUCGCCUGUGUGAGGAGGGCAGGAUCGGAUUGCUGUUGGGAAUACUGAACAAGGAAAAGAGAAGGAACAAGAGAGGCAGCCGGUGAUCUCGUGCCAUGACUGGGAACAGGAGGAAGGAGGAGGCUCGCUGAAAUCAUGGACCAGGCUAAGGGGCGGAGGGAUGGUCUCUCCUCAGCCGGUGACAACCCUCGGCCGCCGAUGGCGGCCAGGCCGGGAAGGGAGGGAGGCGGCAUGGGCUGGAAGGGUCCCCGGACGCUGGUUCUCCAUAAGAACUCCCAGGGUUUUGGUUUCACACUACGCCACUUCAUCGUUUAUCCUCCAGAGUCCGCCCUGCACACCAACCUCAAGGAUGAGGAGAAUGGUAAUGGAAAGGGGUAUCAGAAAGGUCGACUGGAGCCGAUGGACACCAUAUUUGUAAAGAAUGUGAGAGAAAAAGGUCCGGCCCACCAGGCGGGCUUGUGCACAGGGGAUCGGUUGGUGAAAGUGAACGGAGAAAGUGUUUUAGGAAAGACGUACUCCCAGGUGAUCGCCCUCAUUCAAAACAGUGAGAGUGUGCUGGAGCUCUCCAUUAUGCCAAAAGAUGAAGAUGUGCUUCAGUUGGUAAGUGCAUACUCCCAGGAUGCCUACCUGAUUGGCAACGAACCCUUCUCAGGGGGAGCUGAGAAUCUCCCUCCGCCACCUCCCGUCUGUUACCCUCGUACCAAGACUACGUCCCCCGCUGGAGCCUCUCCGUCUGCCCCCAUGGGCCAGAACCAGCUGGAUAACUGGAGUCGCUGGGCAGGUUCUUCUAGCCCCUCUUCACCCUUGGACAACCGCUCCGCAGUGGGCAGCCCCGCCAGCUGGCAGGAGGGGCGAGCAGGAGAACCGGGCGGUGUGGGUCACAGCAGCCCCGCCCACCGCACAGAGGAGAUCCAGUACGGUAUGACCAGCCAGCAGCCUCAGGGCCAGACCAGGGGGCGCUCCUACUCUUCCUCUUCCUCGUCAGGAGGCCCUUUGUCCAGCCCGCUGCAAGUCCACUACCCCAACCACCAUGCUGCCAGCUCCUCACAGGCCCAGCCACGCAAGUCCAGCUCAGCCUGGACUAGUCCCCCACCACCCCAGCUCAGCCACGGCCGAACCGAGCGCUGCCAGCAGGCCCUCUCUGAGUGGUACUACAGCCAGCUGCCCGAGCGCUCAGGACGCAGCAUGCAGACCCGCCACCGCAGCUACUCUCAGGACCGGCUCAGCGAGACAAGGAGGCAGCAGCAACGUACAGGUGGCUGGCCACACAGCGCCUCCCAGGACACCCUUCUAUUACUACAACAGUCAGGACCAGGGCCCCAAGGAGAACCCUACUGGUCAUAUGGAGACUGGGAGGGGGGUCCAGGUCGGGGCCAGCCUGCUCCUAACUAUACCCGAACUCGCUCUGAAAACCUGCUGGCUCAGUACGAUCGCCACGGCCGCUCAUUAGAGACGCUGGACCGAGCAGCAGCUGGACUGGUCUCGCCUCGGUUUGAGAGGCCCUCGUGGCACCAGGCUCCCCAGCCACCCCCCAGGACUGAUGCCUAUCCAAGGCAGGGGAGCCAUUACGGCGCCGCGCAAGCUCCUCCAAUGUCCCGACACACACAGUCCCACUCUAAACACCACCCCCAGACUCACUCCCAGGCCCACCCGCAGACCCACACCCAGACUCACUCCCAGUCCCAGCAGUCCGCCCCUCAGAGCAGGCGGCUUCCUCCUGGGCAAAGCAUGGACGACCAGCCGGUGGGUUACCGUAGCUACAGCCCCUCAUUUUACCGUAAGACGGGCCGCAUCAUGCAGCAGGCGCACUCAUUCAGGGACCCUUCGUAUUCUGGCCCCCACUUGAACUGGAACCCAGCACCUAAAACCAGCCCACCAGAGGGCACCCCAGCACCUCUCACCACCUCGACCGCGUCCCCGCUGGCCUCCACCUCACCCGAAUCCCAGGACCGAGCGUACAGGCCCACGAACCACGAGAGGGAACGGGGGUCAGUGGAGGGGCAGACAGAGGUGGUGGCACAGACCCAGGAAGUGGUAAUGAGACAGAAACCUCCCACCGGGCGGAGGAACGCCCAUGGCAUGCGUCAUCCCCACUAUGCGCUGCCCAUGGACGGGCUAGAACCCUCAUUAUUUUCCCCAGAUCCCCAGGACUCAGCCCCGGCCCCCGGCUCCACAGGAGACAGAGCCCCACGUAAACCAAACGGCAACCUCGCCCCCCUCCCCAUAGAGGAUGACUCCCUGGCCUCCAUACCCUAUAUAGAUGAGCCGACCAGCCCCGGCGCUGACUUGCGUGCCCGCCAUGUGCCGGCGUCCUCCGUGGUGUCCAGCGGCAUGAAUUCGGCGCCUGCCGUGGUCACCAGCCCCGCCUCCCCCACCUUCACCUUCCCCCUCACUAGGCUCUUCUCACACGACUGCAGCAGUAUUAAAUCCAGUCGCCGUUCCUCCUAUCUUCUAGCCAUCACCACAGAGCGCUCCAAGUCGUGCGACGAAGGACUCAACACGUUCAGAGAGGAAGGGCGAGUCUUCUCGAGGCUACCAAAGAGAGUCAAGAGUUUCUUCACAGAUGGGUCUCUGGACAACCUCGGGACAGCAGAGGAGGUCCGCUCCAAACGCCACUCCACCUCAGAGCUGGGAAACAUCACCUACAGCGACGUACGGCGAGAAGGAUGGUUGCACUACAAACAAAUCCUCACAGAAAAGGGCAAGAAGGUGGGCAGCGGCAUGCGUCCCUGGAAACGAGUCUUUUCAGUGCUUCGCUCCCAUUCGCUGUUCCUCUACAAGGACAAGAGGGAGGCGGUGCUUCGAGGGGCCACCAUUGGAGGGGGGGCUGAGGACGAGCAGCCGAUCAGCAUCCGGGGCUGUCUGGUGGACAUUGCGUACAGUGAGACCAAGCGCAAGCACGCCCUGCGGCUGACCACCCAGGACUUCUGCGAGUACCUGCUGCAGGCGGAGGACCGGGAGGACAUGCUGGACUGGAUCAAAGUCAUCAGGGAGAACACCAAGACGGACAACGAGGAGCUUGGCUUUUCCAGACAGGCGCUCAUCAAUAAAAAGCUGAAUGAUUACAGGAAACAAAGUCCAACAAGUAGUAAACCCGACUCGUCUCCCAGGCUGCCCCGUAUGAAGCCUCCCUUCCUGCUCAACAAAACAGAGAACGCUGCUGGGGCGCCUCGCUCCCCCAAAUCAGACGGCAAAGAUGAGAGCAGCCCUCCAAAGUCUCCGUGGGGAAUUAACAUAAUGAAGAAGGCAAAGAAAUCCGGGCCUAAAGCUUUCGGUGUGAGGUUGGAGGAAUGUCAACCGGGUGUUAAUAACAAGUUCAUCCCGCUGAUCGUGGAGAUCUGCUGUGGUUUGGUGGAGGAGAUGGGUCUGGAGUACACGGGAAUCUACCGGGUUCCCGGGAACAACGCCAUGGUGUCCAUGCUUCAGGACCAGCUCAACAAGGGCGUCGACAUCAACCCUGCAGAGGAGAAGUGGCAGGACCUCAACGUCGUUAGCAGCUUACUCAAAUCCUUCUUCCGCAAACUUCCUGAGCCGCUUUUUACCAACGACAAAUACAAUGACUUCAUUGACGCCAAUCGGAUGGAGAGUGCAUCAGACAGACUAAAGACCAUGAAGAAACUGAUUCGAGACCUUCCAGAUUAUUACUACCACACUCUGAAGUUCUUGGUUUGUCAUCUGAAGACCGUAGCAGAUAGCUCAGAUAAAAACAAGAUGGAGCCUCGUAACCUUGCCUUGGUGUUCGGGCCGACCCUGGUUCGGACAUCCGAGGACAACAUGAAAGACAUGGUCACACACAUGCCCGACCGAUACAAGAUAGUAGAAACGCUCAUCCAGCAUUACAUUUGGUUUUUCAACGAAGAGCCAGACAAAGAUGAAAAGACGCCGGUGGACACAGAGGAUGUGCAGCCCGCCCCUAACAUCGAUCACUUGCUGUCCAACAUCGGCAGGACCGCUCUGCUCGGGGAGGCCUCAGACUCAACCAACAGUGACUCAGCCAAAUCAAAGGGGUCAUGGGGGUCAAAGAAAGACCUCACAGCGAAGGACUUCCUGACUCUGUCCAUCAUGUCAGCUGUAACGGGCCGCAAACGCAGGAAGCGCCAUAACGGUCGCCGUGUGGGCAGCAGCACCGACGACGACUCAGAGCACGAGCCAAUCAAAGCCGGACAUCUAGGGGCGGAGGAGGAAGAGGAGGCAGAGUCACCUGUUGGUGACACUGCUCCUCGAGCAGAGGGAGAGGAGGAUGACGAUGAAGAGGAGGAAGAGGAAGAGGAGGAAGAAGAUGAGGAAGUUGUAGAAAGCCGAGUGAAAGAGGAGGUAGAAGAAGAGGUGGUGGAGGUUAUUCCCAGUCGACCAUGCUGUAAAGAGGAAGAGGAGGCAGGAGGAAGGCAGGCAGCCAUGCUGCUGCAAGAGGAGGAGGCGCGGGCGGAGGUGAAGGGGCCGCAGUGGCGAGCUCCAGAUGAUGCACGCUCUAUCGUUUCUGGUUACUCUACCCUCUCCACGUUGGGGAGGAGCCUGGGGUCAGAGGGGAGGGGGGACGAUGCUGAUGACGAGCACAGCGAGCUGGUGAGCGAGACGGACAAUGAGAGCGGCUUCGCCUCACGCUCCCUCACUCAGGAGAGACCCGACAAACAACCACCGACACCUGUGAACACACAACAACAACCGCCAGCAACCCCACGCAGCUUUCUUUACACACACUACAAACCCCACGUUCUCUCACCCACAAACAUUCUCGCCCCGCCCACACCCCUCACACACACACCGGACUCUGCGGAGAGGAGUGAAGGAGGGGCGCGAUCCACCACGCCCUCGUCAUCCUCCUUCUCCUCCUCCUCCACUACUCACAAACUGCAUUCGCGGCCUUCCUUUAACUCCCAUAAGCUGAUCCAGUGUGACACUCUGGCCAGAAAGAAGCUGAAGGGGGAGAAGGCCAAGGCUCGCUCCCUGGACCUGUUGGAGUUGUCCGAGGCCGUGGCACAGGGCGACAGGGCCGGGCCAGAGGGUGCGCCCAGAGUGAGGAGGGACACCUCCAGAACCAACCCCUCCUCAGGCAGCAGCCAGGAGAGCCUUCGUCUGUCCCGGCCCAAGCCAGCCCUGCCUCCCAGCGAGGCCGCCUCCUUCACUCCGACCGGCCCGGGCAGCAAGUCUCUGGCAGAGCAGGUUCGCGCUCGACUGCUGGGCUCGGCCGACGACCUGCGCAGCGUGGGACUGCGAAAACCGCUGUCGCCCGAGACGCGGAGGAAGAGACGAGCCUGGCGCAGACACACCGUGGUGGCCUCCCCGACUGAGGUGUGCGAAAAAAGACCCCCAAUGACUGUCACUGAGUUCCCCCUGUCUCCCAUCACUCAAAAUCAGGUCAAAACACCAGGGCUGCCUCGGGAUGCAGACGGGCACGAACAAGGACCGGCUACCCAUCAAGCACCCACCUCAAGAUUUCACCAGUACCUGUGAGCCCUGCCAGCUGACCCCACCAUUCAAUCCAAAAGCUGACACUGAAGGGGGUCCAAGCCAAGCUGCUGACUCCCUGCAGGUCAGUAGACUGGCAGCAGUGUGAACACGGUUGUGGUUCGUUGCUUUAAGAGCAGCCACCCUUUUUGUUUUUGAUAAGCUCCAUUUGCAUGGCAAGGGGCAUUCCAGUGUUGCCAAAGCUUCUUUUUUUUUUCCUAUAUGUGUGCUUUUUUAGGAAUAAUACAGAAACAGGACAGAGACACACACAGACCUCAUCACAUUCGAUGUUACAGCCAAGAAAAUUCUCAUUUGAGUAAUAAUCGAGCAUCCUUCCUUCCCGUAUUCGCUUCCCUCCUGCGUGGCUCACAGACCACAUAAAUUAAAGGGUUUAUUUAUCCCUUCAAGUGACCAGAGAAAGAUGCAGAACAAACGCAAACCUUCCUCUGGUUCUUGAGAGAAUGGUGCUUCUUAUCAGUGGGGUCAAGUGGGGUUUAAAAUGAGCUAUUAAAGAGUAUCUCCAAAAUCUACUUCGGUGAGCCAGAAGAGGGAAUACACACACACACACAUAGUUUAUAAAAAGUAAUAGGUCAGGGUGAAACCAUUUCAAGAAAGGUCUCAGAUGAUUUUUCAUAUCAGUCUUCCUAAUUUGUUACUCUUCUGACCACAGACACUGUAAUACUCUCAAUUUAUACUACAAAAAAACAAUAAAUGCAGUCGGUUACAAACACACAGAAAAACACAGUUGUCUCUCUCUAGUUGUUAAUAAUGUUCAUGUGUGUUUGCGCAACAAUAUUCGUGGUCAUGUCUGAGUGUGCAGGUGUUUGUGUUGAACAAUUUUGUAACAUUUGUACAAAGCCUUGUUAAGUUAACCUUGUAAAUAUAAAUAUUAUGUUAUCAUAUUUGUUUUUACUUUUUUAGUUCUUUUUUAUGGUUUACAAAAGUGCGUACAAGUGCACAGUCAUUUCUUUCAAGAUGUUACUUGAAAUGUUUCCCUUAAUAUAUUCUUUUUUUUGUUUUAUAUUCAAUAUAUAUAUUAUAUAUAUUUUGUAUUAAAGUCAAAAAGUACUUUUAUUGUAAAUUCACCUCUUGGGUGUACCUGUUCAAAGGAGACAAGAUAAACAUGACUAAACCUGUUCCUUAUUUCCUCAUAGAUGGCCUUUCUCUUAUUCUCAGCACUGUGCAGAAAAACCUUUUAUCUUACAUGAGAUACGGUGUUAAUAAAACACUUAGAAAAUAAGUUUAUCUAGUGACGAUACUUCCAACAAUGUUGCAUCAACAUGUACAAUCUAGUAAUUACAUGUAGUAGGAUGAGAAAUGUCAUCUGGCAGUUUUAUUACAUUAUAUUGGAAAGUUUGCAGGCAGCUCAGCGCCACACUGUGUGAUGGCUGACCUCAUUUGUUUUGUUAUUCAUGUCUGGGAUUACUGAGCGUUGCCUCCACAAUUCAGCUCAUAUUGACUAGCGCAAGACAAAGUAUGUUCCUUCUUGUACACGAGAAUGAGAAAAGGCCUUACGACGGACUGUUUAAAUAUGGUGCAGUGCAUACAAACAACUACACUCUCACUUCUGUCAGCUGUGACGUACGUGUUUUCAUCCUGUCGCCUCUGAGGGCUUCAUCCGUCGGCAGAUGAAUCCUCUGAGAUUUAUUACCUUGGGGUUAACAUGACGAGGAGUUUUCCAUAAGGUCAGGCUCCAAUAAAUCCUCCCCAUCACUGGGGAAAUGGUACAUUAGAUGAAAUGAACACACAAUGCCCGCUAACAUUAUUCUGUUGUUAUCGUCUCUCGUCUUAACCGUGGAACCAAUUUGCCAUCAGAAAAUCACACAAACAGGAGGUCCAAAGUUAUGAGAGGCUUUCUACAUCUGACCAAAUAACCCAGUGGAAAAAUAAUAAUAAUAAUAAUAAUAAAUGAUAAGUUGUCUUGUCUUACCUCAAGAUUUUUUCUACAAGUGCCUGAUUUCUGGAAUGUGUUUUUGUUCUGCAGUGCCAAGGUCGGUUCUUCUUCUCUUUCCGUUUCCUUUCGUUGUUUUUGGGUCACCUCCCUCCUCUCCUGUGGUUGAUGGUAUAACUUUAGGCACUGACCCAAAGAUGUGUACAUUAAAUACAAGCGGCCUAUCUGAGAGGCUGUGAAAUAUUGAAAAAAAAGAAAGAAAAGAAAGCACAGUUCAAAGCCAAGGACAUGUCUAUGCACUCUCUUUUUAUGCCUUUAACACAGGCAUUAACAGCAAUUACGGAUGCUGCUCAGAGGGAGGAGGCAUGGUAUUCUCUCAGCUGCUUUUCUAAACAAACUGAGGUCAUCUCUCUUUGCCUAGUGAUCCACAGUGUGUGAAUAUGGUACACCUAACAAGCCCUACUCUUAAAAAACUGCAUUAGGUUAUACCAGACAACAUUCAACUUCCUGCGAUGAACAAAAAUGACCAUGACUUCAUCAGAAGGGAGCAAAAACUCAAACAAGUCAGUCGGUGUGUGUUGUCUGAAAUGUGAUUUACCUGAUGUCUCAUUGUUGUAUUUUAAAAACCUUUUUUUGUACAUACUAUCUUUAAUAUGUAACAUAUUGUAUUGUGUACAUUUGGAAUUGCUUUUGAGUAUAACUAAUAUGAAAAUGACUGGACUUAAAAAGGUUGUCCGCUUGAAACCAUUUCCCUCAUGGCUGUGUGCUUUAAAGCAAGGUUAUAUGAUGUAAAUAAACAGAACUAUGUUUAAAAAAAAA